CCCAGGCAGCGCGCGCCGCACGGGAGCCCGGGCAGCGGCUGUAGCCGGCGGACGCUCAGCGCCGGGCCGAGACAAGGGGAGGGGGAAACCGGGGUCCCGGAGCUACGUCACUGGGGGUACCCCGUUACCAAGGAGACCGGGGUCCUGGAGCUACGUCACCGCGGGGACCCCGUUACCAAGGAGACCGGGGUCCCGCAGCUACGUCACCAGUGGGACCCCGUUACUAAGGAGAUCGGGGUCCCGGAGCUACGUCACUGGUGGUACCCCGUUACCAAGGAGACCGGGGUCCCGCAGCUACGUCACCAGAGGGACCCCGUUACUAAGGAGACCGGGGUCCCGGAGCUACGUCACUGGUGGUACCCCGUUACCAAGGAGACCGGGGUCCGCAGCUAUGUCACCAGAGAGACCCCGUUACUAAGGAGACCGGGGUCCCAGAGCUACGUCACCGGGGGACCCGGUUACCACCAAGGCCUGGGUUCUAGAGCGGUGUUGCCAAGGAGGCUGAAGUUCUAGAUCCUUGUUGCCAAGGCGACCCGGGAUCAUGCCCACCAGCCUGGCUGCCCUGGAGGCCGGGGGGCUCUAGCGCUGCGUUGCUAGGAGACCAGGGUUCUAGAGUGCCAGCACCGAGAGGAGGGGUCAGACAAGGGCUCCGGCUGCACAGGAGCCUGGUUGCCAUGCCGACCGGGUGUGAGUUCUAGAGCAGCGUUGCCAAGAGACACAAUGUUCGGGAGCCACUUUCCCGUGGGGGGGGCAGGUUUUCUAGACUGGCGUUCGUGAGAGGUUCUCGGUCCUGAGGGCAGAGGGAACAGCUAGAGACAAGCGCAGAGCGGGGGUGUUUCUGGAGCUCUGUCAGGAAGGGGGGUUCUAGAGCCAUAGAGCAGGGGGUCUAGAGCUGGGAAAGGGCCCUGCCAGGCUCCAGAACUGCUUUGCACAGGAAGGCAAAGGGGAUCCAGAGCUGGGGAAGGGGGAGGGGUCCAACCCGUCCCUUUCCCUCUAUCUCAGCCUCCAUGGCCCCCACGCUUUGGUUCCCCUGAGCCCCCGGGGGGCGGUAGCAGGGUCCCCCCACCCCCUGCAGGGAGCCAGUGCACUUUAGCAGCAGCCAAGGGGAGGAGACGAUGCCGUGAGCUGCUGUGUCGUCAGCUACUUAACGAGGGAGGGAAUGGGAGGGAAUUAAUUCCCCCCCAACACAUGCACAGGGCAGGAAAGGCUGGGGCAGGAGCUGGGUACAUUUCCAGCCACUGCUACCAUGAGUUGCUCCGGUCUCAGCCAGUAAACUGUUCAGAGAAGAAUAAAACCCAGGUGUCCUGGCUCUCAGCCCCCCCCCUCUAACCCACUAGACUCCACUCCCCUCCCAGCGCUGGGAUAGAACCCAGGAGUCCUGACUCCCAGCACCCCCUCCCCAAUGCUGGGGAGGGGGAGCCGGCCAUGCCGUCUGAGGCCCUGCCCUGCUUCCAGCUGCUGCGCAUGGGCCCAGCCUGCCCGGGGGAUGACCCGAACCGGGACCUGCACACCUUCCGGCCGGCCGGGCCGCGCUGCACCUACCGGCUGGGGCGCCGGGCCGAGGUCUGCGACGUCCCCCUGGUGUCGGAGCGCAACCCGGGACUGGUGUCCCGCAUCCACGCCGAGAUCCACGCCGAGAGGGACCCGCACAGCACCGCCGGGGAGUGGCGGGUCUGCCUGGUGGACUGCAGCACCCACGGCACCUACGUCAACGCUGUGCGGGUGCCCCGGGGCCAGCGCCUGGAGCUGAGCGACGGAGACCUGGUCACCUUCGGCCACCCGGACCCUGUGCCCGAGGGCUGCGCCCUGGCGCCCCCGCCUGGCGACUCGGAGUUCUGCUUCCUCUUCCAGAAGGUGCGGGUGCAGCCCCAGGAUUUCGCCGCCAUCACGGCCCCCAAGGCCCCCUGGCCGCUCCCCUGCGGCUUCAAACCCGUGCUGCCCGGCGGCAACCAUCGCAUCCGGCCGCUAGCCCGGCCCGUGGGGCCCUCCCGCCCCUCCCGCCCCAAGGCCACCCUGAUCCUCAGCUCCAUCGGCAGCAUCAGCAAGCUCAAGCCGCAGCCGCUGACGUUCACCCUGAGCCGGGGCCCGAGGUCGGAGCCGGCCGCCCGGCCCGGGGCCUCCAGGAACCGUCGGAAGUCGGCCCACACGCUGCUCCCCGAGCUGGAGGACGAGGUGACCCGGCUGGACGAGGAGCAGUGGCCUUGCGAGCCGGACGGAUACAGCUGCCAAAGCCCGCUGCGCAGGGCGCCGGAGGGGGCGGGGAGCGGCAGGGCACAGCCGGACGCGCGACUGAAGGUCCAGGUCACGCCAAGCGGGAAGCGGCGGGGGCGGCCGCGGAAGCACCCGCUGCGUGACACCUGCCAGGUGUUCUCGCAGACGCUGCUGGCGGCGGAGCCCUGCGCGGCCCCACGCUGCCGCCUGCCCCAGGACGAGACGGUGCAGUGGGUGCAGUGCGACGGCUGCGACGCCUGGUUCCACGUGGCCUGCGUGGGCUGCAGCUACAGCGCCGUCCAGGAGGCCGACUUCCGCUGCGGGGGCUGUCGCACGUAGCCGCGGGGCAGUGGGGGACGGAGCACGGGGCAGCCAGGAGACCGGAGACUGUGCAAGAUGGGCAGGGAGUGGUGAAACCGUGCCAGGCAAUUGUGGGUGCAGACAGUGACUGCUUAAACCGUGCCAGGCGAUUGUGCAUGCAGACAGUGACUGGUGGAAACCGUGCCAGGCGAUUGUGCGUGCAGACAGUGACUGGUGGAAACCGUGCCAGGCGAUUGUGAGCACACAGACAGUGACUGGUGAAACUGGGCCUGCCGAUUGUGCACACACAGGCAGUGACUGGUGAAACCAUGCCAGGCGAUUGUGCGCACACAGGCAGUGACAGGUGAAACAUGACACCUUAGAAGGGACUGGUGAAAUCAUGGGAGACAAGCAGUGACUGGUGACAUUGUGCCAGGCGAUUGUGCAUGCACAGGCAGUGGCGGGUGAAAACAUGCACACCCUCACAGUGACUAGUGACACCAUGCCAGCCAAGUGGAGACGGUGAAAACAACCGAGGAGCGGGAAGCAAGAAACGUAAGCCGGACACGUGGCUAGCAAUGAAAACAAGAGAUGCCCGGCUUGUGACUUGUGCAAAAGUGCAAAGACGAUUGUGCAAACCUGGGAGCCGAGCACGUCCCCCUGGGCUGGGAUUUUUGUCCCCGAGCAGGGAAUGGGACACGGGGCCUUUCCCCUCUAUGGGGCACUGGCUCCACAAUCCAGCCCCAGCGCACGUGAGCCGUGGCUUGUGAAAAUGUGCCCGGCAGGCGAGAGCCAGUGGAGCACCAAUGCAUGAGCAGCGCCUCACGCUGACCGUGCCGGGCUAUCACUCCCAAUCGGGCUGGGCGUUUGCCCGGUGCCUCAUCAGAGCAUUCGGCAGUCGUGCGCAGCACGAGCAUUGAAGCAGACGACUCGCAGAGAUUACACACGGCCCUUGUGACAAAACAAGACAGCUGUGCAGCCUUGCACGAGGAUAUGACCUGGCCGUUUUCACACCCACGGGGACUCCAGGAGGGCAUCCAAGACACACACACAGACCCCGUGCGAUUGAAUCGUCCGUCAGCCUUUACACCCCAUUCCCUUCCUUCUUUCCGUAGCAGCCGCUUCUCCAUGCACCUGGAUUUCCCCGUGCGAAUAAUCCCAAUCAUCAUGGCCUCCCAUGGAGCCACUUCCCUGCUCCCUUCUUCCUUCCAGGGGAGGGAGACGGAAAAGAAGGGAGUGAAAAGGCACCGCAAAGGCCAGAAGCACUGGAGUUUUCAGCCUGUUCCUAAAACGGGGUUCUUCUUCCUACUCCUACACCGGACCUUUCCUGCCCACGACGCUGGUGAAUGCCCCCCCGCCCCGCCCUGUGCGGAGACACGGAUCCACCUCUCCCCGGGUUCUUUUUUCCUUCUUUCGCUCUGGCACCAAAAAAAAAAAAAGGGUUUCUAACCAA